CUUAGGCAAACUGUUCAGCUCUUGUUUGCCUUGGAUUGAACUUCUGCAGAGAUCCAGACGAUGUCCUCCAAGGAGCCGGCUAUGAAUAAGAUAAUUGUGUAUGACAAGCCCCAUUUUGAAGGGCUCAGCAAAGAGUUUGCUUGUGAUAUUCCUGACCUGCAUGAGUUGGAUUUUGGUGACUGCAUCUCAUCCCUGAAGGUGAUUGGACAACCCUGGGUUGUCUACAAAGCCCCCAAGUUUGAGGGGGAUGGUUUUGCCUUUGAAGAAGGGGAUUAUGAAGAGAUUGAGAACAACAACAAAAUCUCUUCCCUCCGACUAGUUCAUUAUGAUCUCUCUGACCCUCAGAUCACAUUAUAUGAACAUCCCAACUACGAGGGCCAGAGCAAGGUGGUGACAGAGGAGACCAACCUCGCCUAUGGCUACUUCAAUGAUCGUGUCUCCUCCCAUGUGGUACAAAAGGGUGUCUGGCUAUUGUACAAGAACCCAAACCGUGGUGGAUGGUACCAUAUUGCCUGGCCUAAGGAGCGCAUUCAUGACUAUAAAACAGAGAUAAAUUUUGAUGAUAGUGUGUCCCAUCUGCAGCCCCUGCAGCCCGGCCGCCCGAUCAUCACUGCCAAGUUACUGUGGGACCAGAAGAAAGUGGAGGCCGAGCAGGAUAUCCUGAUCGACGAACUUGUGGGAAGCAACUGCACUGACUAUGAGCAGGUGUUCACCGCCAACACCUGCCGGGAGUACACCACUUCUGUUUUCCAGAGCUUCCUCUUUAGCAAUACCACAACCCUAAGACUUGGCUUCUCUUUCAAGGUCAAUGUGGGGGCUGCCAACGUCUUUGUGGUGGAGAAGGGAAAGCAUGAGUCCAUCACCACCAGUGAGAAGGUAGAAGUGAUGCUGCCUGCUAAGAUCCCUCCAUGCACUCAGCUCUGCAUUCAGGUGGUCAAGAAAGAGACGACCACCACAGUGCCGGUGGAGCUCACCAUCUGUCAGAACGGGAAGGAAAAGAAGGAGCAUGCGGAGUACCGGUGCGUGUCAGGUCGUACCAUCAGCACUAGAUAUACCAUGACACCCAUCUCAGAAGCACAGAAGACUUCCCAAGCCAGUCCUAAGCCUGCAAAAGAAGGGGAGCGUGCCAAACUUUCACAUGUGGUUAUAGAGGAACAUAGCCAAGCUCAGCAUAGACCUGAAACUUCAGGGGCAAGUUCCUAAACCAUGACUGAAUAAGCCACUUUGGUGUGGAGGACCUCAUGGAGAUGUCUACUUGCAGCCUGUACUCACAGAGGGGAAAUAUUAGGAGACUAUGGGCCUAUACACACCACAAAAAGCUGGGUAGGAGGAGCAUCCAGCCAGGCUUUCAGAAACAUGAGCACUCCUGAGGAUUGAUCAUAUGUCUGCAAAAAUCGAGGUAGGAGGGCAAGAAAGUGAUUGUGUGCUAGCUGCAGUCUGGGUAGGAUGAAACGAUAUGUGUUUUCCCUUCAUCCUAGACAGGAUGCUGGGUAAUCAACGUUGGUUGGCUGUGCCACCCUAUCAGAUCACAGCUAGCACACAAUCGCAUCCCCUCCUCCUACCUCGAUUUUUGCCGAAACAUGACCAUGUGCAUAGAUUUAACGCCUGGUUGGAUGCUCCCACUUCCCAGCAUGUGGUCAUGUGAAUGAGCCUUAUAUUGGGCUCUCUUUAGGCUUGGUGGUAGUUUCAGGAUUUGGACUAUUAAGUUAUAGAUGGGUUGGGGGAUCAAUAUAGUAUUGUAAUGCAAUCGAUUAUUUGUCUGUGAUACUUAAGGUGGCAGUUUCUGUGUGAAAACCUCCAGGCCAGAUCCAAAACCUCCAUGUCAAAUCCAAGUGGCUAAAGAAAGCUAGCCAUGGCAUAAAUUACAAGGGAAAACUCCCUAGAGUCACCUGUGAAACUGAUACUGGCUAACAACAAACAUUCCUGACUUCAACUCUAUGCUCCUGUGCCUUCAAACUUUGUGAAAAUGCCUUUGCCACCAGCAGCUUGCCCAGACACCUUGAGAGAGACUGCUUCAUUAUCAUGCUGGAUAAUAAUGCAUUAUCAUGCUAGAUAAUAAGAACUGAGGCAUGUAAUAGUCUUCCCUCUUUCAUCUGUGUUGCAGGGCUGCAUGCAAGGAACAUACUACCCUAGUGAACUUAUCACAGUCCAAUUAAAAAUCAUUCUUUCUUA